GGGCUUUUUCGACGCCUGUCAAUUAUUUAAGUAAUUAAUUAGGAUUAUUUGACGACAGAACUCAUUUUUCGUAAUAAAUUUUGAUUUCACAUAGAAAUUAACACCCUAGUUGGGAAUAGUUUGUAAGAAAUUGUUAAGAAUCUGACCGUUAUUUUUUUACCUCAGAUUGACCGUUAGAUUUUGAAUUAUUAGCAACCUGCUAGUCGGUAAAAUCUUCUGCUCUUGACAGAAUGAGUGAUGAAAGCGGUUUGGUAAAUCUGAACAAUUUCUUGUUCCAGUUAGCUUUAGAGAUUCGAGAAUCUAUUCAGAAGAAGGACGAGGUGAAUCAGCAGGUUCAAAUUUGCAAAGGCAACAUAAAGGAAAAGAAGAACUGCAUCGAUGAAACUCAGAAGUCCAUAAAUAAACUAGACGAGGACAUUUUGCGAAAACAGAAAACCGUGAAAUGCUACAAGGAAAAUGUGAAAAGUCUUCGCGGAACAAGCGAUCUCCUGCUCCAUUAUGAAAAGACGCUGGAAGCUGAGCUUGAGAGGAAGCAGGAAAGCUGCGACCAAGACGUGAAGAUGUUCCAGGACAGAAUUGAGAGCUACUGGAAGGUAUUUCAGCAGCAUAAAGAGGAGUUCUGUCAGAAUCCACUGGCCACAAAGCUCCUGAAGAUCCAGGCGGAGAACGAAGAGAUAGAGAAACGCAUCCGAGCCACAGAGGAGCUCAUUCAUGCAAAAGAGAAAAAGCUGAACGCUUGGAAAGGUGACUGUAGUAGCUGUGACAGCGGUCGAAUCUCGGCUGAAUCGAAUGAGGCUGAGAGAUCAUCUCAUCAGGACCCUGAGCCACAGGUUACAGAACCAGAGCAGGAAGCUUUUCAUAUUGAUCUGGAUAAUCAGGCUUUAGAGAAUAACGAAGACGACGCAGAUGGUAACGAUGAGUCAGUCGAACCACACGUGGGUGUAUCUGGUAGCACUGUAUGGUCAAGGCCAGAAAGAAAAUGUGAACAAGCAGCAGAAGAGAAUGAGCGAGAGGAUGAGAAUAUGAACCCCCUGGGUGGAGCUGAAAUCCUGGAGGAGGUGAUGGAGGAUGGAAGCCAGAAGACUGCAGGAGCUGCUGUUGAGGGCUGUAAUGAGGGAGCAGCCAGUCCCACAUCGUCCCCUGUCAGAAUGCUAGACGUUCCAACAUUCGCUUUAAAUAGCAGCCCCAGCACGUCUGCACCCCAGCAAGAGAGGCCAGAAACCCCAGCCUUUGUUUUCUCCAUCAACUCCAGACCAGGUAUCCCCGCGUUCUCGGGUCUCGGCUGCGGUUUCGACCCGGACCCGAGUCAGCAUGAGGAGUCACCUUUUAAUUUUACAAGCUCCUACUUUAGCAACAAGAAGUCACCAGAACCGAAGCUGCCAGGAUUUCUGUUCGAUGGCUCCGAGUGUCGUACAGAGGAAGAUUUUUCCUUUAACUUCGAGAGUCCUCGGUCCAGCUCGUCCACACAAGAGGCUGGGGGGACGGGAGACUCCUUUUCCUUCCCCUUCAGCUUCGGUAAAUUUUAGCUUCAGUGUGUGUUUAGUGUUGGUGAGCCGUUAAUGCUCUAGUUUAAUGGUAUUUUCGUAUUGUAAAGAUUUAUUAUCAGUUAGAAUGUUUACAGUUACUGCUUCACUUUUCUCUUUAAGAUGCACAUUUAGAUUUAAACUAAUGUUAAAGAGUAGCGUUAUGCUAAAAGUGGGACACUCCUGGUCAUUUCUUCUCUCGGUUUCGUCCCAAUCUAGUCGUAUCCAAUUCCCAGUCCUGACCGAGGAGGGUCGUGACUGACACACGCCCCCCCCUCCGACACACGUGCAGCACCGACCGCUUCUUCUCACCUGCACUAAUCGGGUCUUGCACUGAUCUCCAUUAUCCCUCAUAGAUCAGCCAGCAGAGGGCGUAACUGCAGCAGUUAUAAGGAACCUCCUCCUCCUCUGGCACGCCCUUCCUCACAGGUUCCAGAUGUCAGCACCGCUGUACUAGCGUGUUUUACCGCCGCACCACACAGGCGCCCCCUGGCGCAUUUACAUGCUUUUAUCCAAAGCGACUUACAGUUGUGACAGGGCCCAACAGUGACAACCUGGCAGUGGUAGGGCUUGAACCAGCGACCUUCUGAUUACUAGUGCAGUCCCUUAACCGCUAGGCUACAACAAUACAACGUGGGACCAGGACCAGGAGUCUCCAAACUUUUGCUUAUUACUGUGGUUUAAAGUAAUAAAUGUUAUACUUUGUUUUGUAGCUUUUAGGUUAGUUAUAUAAAUAAUCCACAAUAGCAGGACAUUAUUAACCUUUAAUACGAGGAGUUAUAUUAGCUUUAUAACAUUCAUAUAACAUUGAAUUGACAUGAAAAUACACAUAGUAAUAAACUGAUAGACAAACUA